GUACCGGAAUGACUCUUUGGCUGAGUGCGUCCCCAAAAUCCACUCUCACUUCUCCAUCAUGCCUGCAGACUUCAAUGGGACCUGGGAGAUGGAGAGCAAUGACAACUUAGAGGAUUACCUGAAAGCACUGAAUAUUGAUUUUGCCACACGCAAAAUUGCUGUCCACCUGUCUCCAUCCAAAGUUUUUAUUCAGAACCAUGAUGUGAUUGAGAUCAAGACACUGAGCCACCUCCGGACUCAUGAGGUGAAAUUUACGGUGGGGAAGGACUUUGAGUACAAGGGAGUGGAUAACAGGGUUGUCCAGGCUCUGGUGACCUGGGAAGGGGAUAAAUUGGCGUGUGUCCAAAAGGGAGAAAAAGCCAACCGAGGGUGGAAAUACUGGGUCGAGGACAAUAAACUACAUCUGGAAAUGACCUGUGAGGGCCAGACGUGCCACCAGGUCUUCAGGAAAAAUAAAUGAAGGAUGACACAGUGUUUUUUUCUUCUGUUUCUGCUUGUUAUUUUUAUUUCAUUGUUUCAAAACUCAGUGUUUUACAUAAUAUAAAAAUAAUGUAAUCAUGCUACUUUAAUAAACUGAUAAACAGUUUUGUGUGUGUA